GUUUCCCCCCAAGUCCCGCGCCAAGCCCUGUCUGGGCGAACCUCUCGAGCCUCCCGCGCGCCGCUCCACGGCAAGAAGCGCUUCCUUCCUCAAACCGACUGCCGCUGACCUCGUGUCGCUGCCGCCGCCUCCACCUCCCGUGUCUUGACUCCUCUUCCACUCACCUCUUCCCUUUCCCAAACAAUUCAGUGCCUCAAUCCUCCGUCGCGUGCUUCAUCUUCGUCCGGCCGGGACACUUUAUCCUUUAGCAGCGAGUUUCCUCUCCUUGCGCACGAACGCGACUCCCGGUCCACAGCCCUGCGACACAAACCAUCUGCUCUUUUCAUUAUUAAUUGCAACUGUUGCCGAGGGCCGGCAGCGACUCCCCCUCGUGAUCUUGACCCGUUUCGCCGUAGCACCAGCGUUACGCAACAUCUCGAGCUUGCCCCAGGUCGCGGGCUUCCCCUUGGAUUCUGCUCGCGUGCCUCUCUUCUGAAGUUCCUUUCAUCGAGAGGCGCGCCCUGACGAUCCAGUGUCGCCACAUCAACGCCCGAAGCCUCUGCUCUUGGGCAUCCGUUCGUUCAGACAGACCCAGCACCGCGCGGCCGCGGUUGACCAAAAGACUCUGUCGCGUCACCGGCGACACGCGACACGACUGCAAUCCUGCUCGAAGUCAUGGCCGACGACGGUCCCCAGCUUCUGCGGCCGAUCCCGCGACGUCCCUUCAACCUCAAUUUGACGAGCGCGACGCCCCCAGACGACGAUGAUCAAGACUCGCCACAGCCCGGCUUCGCGCUGCGCGACCAAGACUUCUCCGCCCCUCGAUUCCUCAACGCGGGCAUGACCCCCGUCGAAUCGGGCACCUCCAUCAGCCGACCCCAGUCAUUUAUGAAUCUGACCUCGUCGACGCUUAUGGGCAUCUAUUCCCAAGCCAGGGGCACCUCUAACCGACUCAUCGACCGCGAAGACAUCGACACGCCUUGGGGAACCGGCGCCCAGACGCCCAUCAAGCGGCCGUCCAUCGACGACGCUACGUUUGAGCUGAUGCGCGACCGUUCGCACCUCCCGCGCCGACGAUCCUCGUACCGUCCGGCCGAUGCCUCGAGUGCAUCCAACGCCGGAAGCGUCGCCGCCCGAGCCUUCCGCGCAAGCCUACUUUUUAUGCUGGGCGUGGGCUACGGCAUGAUCGUGACGCGCCUCCACAACGAGCAACAGUACCUCGCGGACCUGGCUGAGGGCAUCAUCAAACCCGGCGCCAACGGAAGGUACCUCGCCUUCUGGGGCGUAUCCGGUGUUGUCUUGGGAUCGCUGCUGCCGUGGUUCGAUCGGGUGUGGGUUGACAUGUUUGGCGAUGAGGUGGUCGACGAGACCGUUGUCAUAGCCGAUGCUGAUGGCUCCGUGGACAAGGAGCUCGGCCCGGGUACCGACUGGGCGCUGGUGAUGCGAGCCAUUGGUGCCUUUGUCGGGAUCAUCUUUGCCAUCCGCAAACUGCCUUGGGCAUCUUCAUUGCAAGUGUCGGCCACGCUCGCCUUGGUUAACCCCCUUCUGUGGUGGCUCAUUGACCGAAGCAAGCCAGGCUUCGUCCUGUCUGCAGGUGUUGGAUUGAUCGGAUCCGUUCUCCUGCUUGGUCUCAACCCAGAGAUGAUGCCUGCUCCAUCGAGCCGACUUUCGCCCUUGGGCCAGGCUUCUCAGAAUGCGUCUGUCGAUGCGGACGUCACGGGGGCCAGCACGGCUCAAAAUGCGCUUCUUGGGGGCCUCGCGGAACAGGAAACGAUCGAGACUGGCGUUUGGAUGCUGAGCGUGCUGUUUUGCAGCUGCUUGUGUUUUGGCAACAUUGGCAGGCGCUUGGCGUGGAGCCGCGGCGCCGGCGGCAGGGGUCGGUGGGGAGGCGUUCGGUGAAGCACCGCAGGUGAGCGGAUGUCAUCGGGCCGCGCGAACGUCAUACUUGUGUGUCUGUCUUUAAUCACGUCUUGUUGGAUUAUGGCAAGGGGCUUUGGUUUGGGUGGGUUUGGAUCGAUGGUGAUACCCGCAGGACGACUGCUCUCGGUAGAAGGUCGGGCAUAGCGGCUGACUCGACGCCAGCGUACUCUGUAUAUGAAUUGAUGUUGCAC